CCCGCUACAUCCAACCAAAACCCGCGAUUGUCACAGCGACAUCAUACCUACAAAGCUUCCGUACAGGCGGCCUUGUACACAUCACGCGGUCACUGCAUCCUGCUGUGCCUGCAAACAGUACCUGCACAACACGACGCACGUCAACCACACCCAUCCUCGCCAUGGCUCCCCGUAAAUCCAAAGCAGCGACACUGGACACGCCACGAAGCGAGAGUUCCACCUUCAGCUCAACCCUGGACUCCUCGGCCCCGUCGCCCGCACGCAAUCUUCGGCGAUCAGGUCGUAAUCUUCUGCAGCCCGCCAGCGAAAAGGACCGCGACCACGAAAAACGAAGCGAAGUAUUUGGCCGCAUGAUGGGCAGAGACGACACCGGCCAGGGUUUGCGGAAUGAGAAGGAACAAGAGGAAGGGGUCAAGAUGGCCAUAGAAGGCUUGGCCAGGAUGGAAAGACGACUGCAAAGAGCGACAAAGAGGCAGAAGAAGCAACUCGAAGAGGAUGGAAUCCCCGUGCCAUCAGCGGUCAGCCGCCCCCCGACUGUGCCUUAUCACCCUACGCCCAUCAAUGAUGCGAAGCCCGAGGCCAAGAAACCGAUGCUCAAGGCCCAUCUGAACAACGCCGAGGGCGAGGCGGAAAUCGGCGCUGACGGUAUCGUGAAAAUGGAGACGGCCGCAACCAACAUUAUCGAACCAGAUCUGGAUUCGCAGGAUGCGCCCGAACGAGGUGCUGCUCGGCCACCACCUGUCAAUAGCAGCUACCUACCAUUACCAUGGAAGGGCCGACUAGGUUAUGCAUGUCUCAACACCUACUUGCGCAACGCAAAGCCGCCCAUCUUUAGCUCCAGGACUUGCCGCAUGGCAUCCAUCAUCGACCACAGAUAUCCGCUUCAAUACGAGGACGAGCCGGAACAUCACUUGAAGAAUAAGCCCGACAAGUCAAAGAAGCCACGGGACGAACUGGGACACAAGUUUGUCCAGGACCUCGGCUUGGCCAACGCCCGUGACAUCGUCAAGAUGUUGCGCUGGAACGACAAGUACGGUAUCAAAAUGUUUCGACUCAGCUCUGAGAUGUUCCCCUUCGCCAGCCAUCCAGUGCAUGGAUAUAAACUUGCGCCUUUCGCAUCAGAGGUGCUCGCUGAAGCAGGAAGGGUAGCAGCUGAGCUUGGCCACCGCUUGACCACUCACCCAGGACAGUUCACCCAACUCGGCUCUCCCCGAAAAGAAGUUGUCGACUCCGCCAUCCGCGACCUCGAAUACCACGACGAGCUGCUCUCGCUCCUCAAGCUGCCUGAGCAACAGAACCGCGACGCAGUGAUGAUCAUCCACAUGGGCGGCCAAUUCGGCGACAAAGCCGCCACCCUCGAGCGCUUCAAGAAGAACUACGCUCGCCUCUCCCAGUCCUGCAAAAACCGUCUCGUCCUCGAAAACGACGACGUAGGCUGGACCGUCCACGACCUCCUGCCCGUCUGCGAAGAGCUCAACAUCCCCCUAGUACUCGACUACCACCACCACAACAUUUGCUUCGACCCGGCCCACUGCCGCGAAGGAACCCUCGACAUCUCGGACCCCAAACUUCAAGAGCGCAUAGCCAACACGUGGAAGCGCAAGGGCAUCAAGCAAAAGAUGCACUACUCCGAACCCUGCGACGGCACCGUCACCCCUCGCGACCGACGCAAACACCGCCCACGCGUCGCGACUUUACCUCCCUGCCCGCCAGACAUGGACCUAAUGAUCGAAGCCAAAGACAAGGAGCAAGCCGUCUUCGAGCUUAUGCGCACCUUCAAACUGCCCGGCUUCGACAAGAUCAACGACAUGAUCCCCUGCGGCCGCGAGGACGAGAACCGUCCUGCGCCACCGCCCAAGGGACCCAAGAAGAAAAAAGUGGGCACAAGCCAGAAGAGGAAGAGAGCACCGGAUGAAGAGGCGACUGAACUCGAGGGGGUGGGCGCGGGAGCGGAUGAUGUGUAUGUUGCGCCGGAGGGACCGAAGGAGUUUUCAGAGGAGGAGAGGGCGAUGGGUGGACCGUUGAAUAGAGUUUAUUGGCCGUUGGGGUGCGAGGAGUGGCUGAAGCCGAAGAAGAGGGAGGUUAAGAAGGGGAGGGUGCCGGAGGAGGGGGAGGAUGGUGGGGAGUAUGUUGGGUGAUUACGCGGAAGUGAAGGGAAAGGGCCAAUAUUGAAGAAUGAUAGGGUUGUUGUUCUUCGGGUGAAGGUUGAUGAUACCUUGAUGGAGAGCCGAGUCAGAGGUGCAACAAACCAGCUUUUGAGAGGUUUUGAGGCUCAACCUUGGAGAUGCCUCCGUGGAUGGCAUUCACAGGUAAGUUGAAAAGAUGAUGGACUCCUUUUGGAUUUCAUGG